AUGGGGAAGACUUGCCGACUUGGAGUUGGAGAACCGAGAACGGAGGCCGGUGGCGAGCUGCGAGAUGCCGCCGGCGGCGGCGGCAGCGGCGGAAGGGAGUACGGAGAUGCGCGCGGCUCCAGCCCUUGGCAACUGCAGCUGCUCCUUGGAGGUGACAUACGCUCCUCCUUGCUCACCUUACGACAUCUGAAGCAGCUGGACCUCUCAGGCAACAACUUCGGCGGCCAACCCAUCCCGGAGCUCAUUGGCGCCCUAGGGCGUGGGCGCCUCACGCAUCUCAACCUCUCUGAGUCCCAUUUUGGUUGUCGGAUUCCACCCCACCUCGGUAACCUCUCAAAAAUGGUCAGCCUUCAGCUCAACCAUAUGGCAGAUGGCACCUACUCUCCUGAUCUCGCAUGGGUGCCGCGCCUGCGGAAGCUUCAGGUUCUCGGCAUGUAUAGGGUGGACCUCAGCGCUGCCGUCAACUGGCUUCAUGCUAUCAACAUACUCCCCUCUUUGACAGACCUUGAUUUAAGUUAUUGUGCGCUUCCAAACUCUAUCUCUCCCCCGGCGCAUUCCAAUCUCACAAAGCUGCAGACCCUCAGCCUUGUUUCAAACACCUUCAACACAUCUCUUGGAGCCAAAAAUUUGCUUUGGGAUCUGCCCAGCCUCCAAAAUCUCUUCCUAAAUGGUUGCGGAAUCGAUGGUCCAAUCCCUGACGCGGUGGGCAACUUGACCUCUCUUCAGAGUUUGUAUCUUGGUUCGAACAAGUUCACUGGCAUGGUGCCGUUGAGCUUCCAGAAACUACAGAAUCUAAUAGAGCUCGUAUUAGAAACCAACUUCGUCAUCAUGGAUGUGGCAGAGCUACUGCAUCGGUUAGGGAACUUUAGCAGCUUGGCCAAGAUCGACCUCGACAACAAUGAUUUGUAUGGAGAGGUACCCGUUAGUAUACGGGAACUCAUAAAUUUGGAUGAAUUAUCGCUGGCCCACAACAACCUACAUGGUACAAUCACCCAAAGCAUCGGUGCGCUACAAGCUUUGGAAUCUUUUGACCUCUCGCACAAUGGGCUCUCUGGUAAAAUCCCUACAAGCAUAUCAUCUCUAACGUCACUAACCCGCUUGAACUUGUCAUAUAAUGAUCUAUCUGGGACUAUACCAUCCGGGAACCAAUUAAGAACACUAGAGGACCAAGCGUCCAUAUAUACUGGCAACCCAGGUCUAUGUGGUCCACCUGUCCCAAGGAAUUGCUCACGAACUGACAUAAUUCCAUAUGCUCCCCAAGAGCAUAAUGAAGGAAUGAGUGAUGUGGUUUCGUUAUACCUCAGCAUGUGCAUAGGAUUUGUAGUUGGUUUGUGGAUUGUCUUUUGUGGCUUCUUGUUCAAGAGAAAAUGGAGGAUUGGUUGGUUCUCAUUUACAGACCACAUGUAUGAUCGAGCUUAUGUGCACGUGGCCAUGGGUUGGGCUUCACUGGCAAGAAAUAUCCGUCAAGGAUGAGGUCUCAAAAUGUUGGAGCUUAUGUAGGUAACUACUUUCCUCUAUCCCAAAAUAAGUGCCGUGGCUUUAGUUCAAAUUUGUUCAAAAUAGUGGUUUUAAUGAUUAUUAUUGUGUGUAAUGCUUUUCUUUAGUUUAUAACUUAGCAUGAUUAAUAUUGUUGGAGAUAUUGUACGUGUGUUCGGUAGUGUAUAAACCAAGUAUCUAAUCUAGAAGGCCUAGGGUCGUGCGUGUGUUGUUGUGGGUGGUUAGCUAACUGAGACUGAUCCAUAUCUCUGUAUAGCUAAUAUGUGGAUCAAGCUCAAGCUAACCAACCAAAUCUAUGUAAUGUGAUUGCUCCAUAUAACACGUACGCAUCCCUGCCCAAGGGCACAUGCUUCCAGCCUCAAAACCUUGUAUGGUAUCAAGGCCACAUAUCUCUCUGUCGUAUCCAUCAUCCAUGGCUGGUUCAAUCCCUUGUCUUGCGGCGCCUGCACUCAACCCCAUCUCUGAGAAACUGGACCCGAACCAUCUUCUUGGUGUUGCGAGCGCAGGCAGUGACCAUUUUCUUGUCCAUGAUUUCUAGUUUUCAGGGCACCU